CAGACAUUCUUCAGUCGUUCAAUAAAGAUUUUCCGACACGACUCCGUUCGUCAAUCUAGUACAGUCGCUCAUGCAAAAUUGUUGUGUUUUAUUUAAAAUACUGUUUUUUUCUUUCAUAAUAUUAUUUUAAAUUUAUAACGAUGAUAUAGUGCAGUUUAUUUAAUUUUAUGUGAAAAAGUGUUACUGUGUGUUUAUUUUGUAGCUAACCAAAAAUAAUUUCAAAAAACAGAAACCACUAUGGCAAAAUUAAAUAGCAUGGUUAUUUUUUGCUUAGUUCAACUUACACUCAGCGAAGAUAGAAUAUCCGUGGAUACAGUUGGUACAAUUACAGCUACUGCCGGUUACUCUAUAGCAGAUAAUCAUUCACCUACUAUUAAAAGUCAUACUUCAAGUAUAGAAUUUUCUGGUGACCACGAUUCUUCUAAGGAUACAUCUUCUUCAAGUGAAGCUUAUACGUCAUUAACGCCUGGCCUGCGAAGUUCGCAAAGCUUGUCGUUAAGAUCUAGACAAGCCAGAGGAAAACCACAAAGCCAGACUUGGAGUGCUGAAGACAAAGACCUUGGUAAUCCGUCUUUUUCAUUGACCGAUCACCGAAUGAAUGAACAAUUGUAUAGUGUUAAACCUCAAACGUUUGACAAUCAAUCGCCACAGUUAUCCGAUGUAAAGAGUAAUGAAAGUGUCGAGAAGUCUGUGCCAUCAAUCACAUAUGGAAAAAAGAUGCAUAAAAACGAUGGACACGACGAUCGACCGGUUUUUAACGAUUGGUCCGAAGAAGUACAUAUGGCAUUUGAUAACAAUAAACCAAUUAGAUCGCGACGAAAGAAUAAACACCAAUUGGAUAGUGAACAGGAAAAAAGGAAAACGCAAAACAAAAAAUUAGCGGAAAGUAAUAAUAAGGAUGGCUGGCAAGAAUUAAGUCCCAACAUGGAAAUCGCUACAGGCAUUAUUACAUCUGUUCAAGAACAUGAUUCUUCACAAGAAUCAUCUAGUAGUUCAGAAUUGUUCAAAGCCCAUCGUCAUCCAGACCUGUUUCACGAGGAAGGCAUUUCCAGCGCGGAGGACGCGGCACACCAUCACACCGAACCGCAGAACUUCGACCACAAGCAGGUGCUGUCGAAAAUGAAUCAUUUCGACUUCAGCAACGCCGUGUCGCAGCAGGCCAGCAAGACGCCGCCGCCCAGGGAGAAGCGGCUGAACUACUUGCAGCCGGGCGGGGGCGGCCCGCCGGUGGCCAGGUACCCGUACAGCGCGGGCAGCGGGCCGUUGCAACACCCGUCGCCGGUGCAGGUGGUCGGGCCCUCUCCGCAACAGCCGCACCCGGCCGCCGCGGCCACCAAGUCCGUGAAAAUCGAACAGCCGUCGGCCACGCCCAACUACCACAGCAUCGUGGUGCCCAUACCCAUCUCGCACCAGAUGUACGCGGCCAUCGGCGGCGACCCGUCGUCCCCGGUGCACGGCCACCAGUUGGCCAGCAGCACCGUUCAGCAGGCGAUGAUGUCGUUGCCGGUCGUGCACAACGUGUUCUUCAAGACGGACGAGAACGGCGGCGGUAAGACCAUGCCGGCCAUCGUGAUACCCCUGAAACCGGAAUACCUGCACCAGUUGCAGCAACAGCACUACGCGCACGCGCAACAGCAACAGUCGGCGGCCGACGACUCGCUGAACGCCGCCGGACACCAGCGGCCGGUGCACCAGGGGGCCGGCAAAGCGUUGCAGUUCCAACAACUUCACCAUCAGCAGCAGCUCCAGCAACAGUCGUCCGCACCGUCGUCGGUGUCGCCGUCGUCGCUGGCGCCUUUGCAGCCGUACGCGCAAAAGCCGAAAACCGUAGCCAAAGUCAAAAAACCGUUUGGCUUGCAGAUGAAGGACAACGACAUGCAACACCGCGUCAAGCAGCCGUUCGGCCUGCAACACCAGUUCUACAACAACCCGUUCGCUGCGGGCGGAGGCGGAGGCCACGUACAGCUACACCACGGCGGCGGCGGCGGCGGCGGCGGCGGCCAGCAAUCCGACGAUUCGCGGUACGCGCAGUCGGCCACCGCUCCCGAUUCGGUUCCGCUCCACGCGUUUCCGGGCACCGGCCACCCUAUCGUCGUCAAGCGGCCGCACGCUUACGGUUACACCGCUUCGCCCUCCUCGCCGACGUCGACCAAGUACUCGCAGGCCGUAAACAAAUCGCCACAGCUACAACACCAUCACAACAACCACCAUCAUCACCACCACAACAACCUUCACCAUCACCAUCAACAGCAACAACAGCAGCCGUCCACCGAGGAACUGGCCGCGGCCAUCGCACAACAGCAACUUUUGCAGCAGCAGCCGUUCAAGGCCACCACGUACCAUCCUGGUUACGCAUACCUCAAUGGGCCCGAUGACGAUUACCCGUAUAAGCCCAUUUAUAAGGACAUGAACAAGCGCAACGACGUGCUGGUCGUCCGGACCGCUGAAGGUCGCAAUUGAUGGAUCUACGGCGAUCGCGAUUUCGCACACCGACCUAUUACCUACAUAAUAUUAUUUUAUAUAUUUUAUACACGUUAUAAUAGUGUUAUUAAUGAUUAUAAUUAUACACGUAUACGUGGGCAGACACGUAUAGACACAACUCGGAGUGAAGAGGUUUGGGGAGGGUUAACCAGUGGUAUUUUUUUCUUCAUAUCAUCGAUUGCAUACUUAACAGUUAUAAAUUACAGUAAGGAAAAACCCUCCCACAUAAAUAUUUUCUCGCGCGCGUGCCCGUGUAUACGCAUAUAUGUAUAAAGACUAAAAUGCUAAGAUAAAAUAACGUAUAUUAUUUACUAAUGUUAUUAUUUUUAUGAGAUAAAUUAUUAUUUAUAAGUAUCCAUAUAUUAUAUUUUAUGCGAAAAUAUGUUUUUUUUGAGUAAAAUUACAAUAUACUGUGCAACUCGCCAUAUUAUUCGCGAACAAUAAAUUAAUAUAUAAUAUUACUUACA